CCCUCGCCGUUUCCCUGCCCUUUCGGUUUAAUUGAACUCCCGUCAUGGCGGCAGCUGUCGGCUCGGCCUCGCUCCCCGCCACCGCCUCUCGCUUCGCUCUGCUCCGGGUGGAGGGUGACUCGUCCGAUUCAGAUUCAGACUCUGGGCGGAAUAACAGCGCCGGCAUUGGGAAAAGUCCCCGAGCUGGAGCAGCCAAGAAGAAUAACAGCGCCCAGGCCGGGGCCGGGGCUGGGGGCGGCGAGAAAAAGAAACAGAAAAGGAAGAAGAAGAAAGAGCAACAGCAAAGCGAAGCGAAUGAGCUAAGAAGUCUAGCCUUUGGAAAAAAUAUUUCAAAAUCCUGUUCUGUUGCUGCUCCCGGUGUGAAUACUGGAUCUUUCCAGUCAGAGCAAUUCCUGAACAGCCAGAAUCUACCAGUAGCAGAGGGUGAGAAGUGGGAGCAGUGGAGAGAAAAGGAUGAACAGCUGACAAGUGAAUUAUAUGAAGCAGACCUCCAAAAAGCUUUACUGAUUAGCAAGUUGGAAUAUGAGGAGCAUAAGAAUUGUUAUGCUAAUAAUACUUCUGUCAAAACAAAAGGACCUAGUAGAAAAGAAAAAAGAAAACACCUUCAGGGAAAAGAUAAACCAGCCACAGUUUCAUUAAAAGAUUUUCAAACUGAUCCUGGAAACUGUUCCACUCAUUACAAACAUUGUGACCUGACAAACAAAAAAUCUGAGGAGCCAAAAUUCUUGCAUGCAACAGCAGAAGAGGAUAGCUUCUUUAAUAAGCUAGAAGAAGAUGCAAGUAAAAUAUUGUUGAUGGAGAGAAGAAAACAAUUAUCAAGUUCAAAUGGACUGGACAUCACUACACAAGAGAGUCAAGAUGCUAUUUCCAAUAAUGCAAGAACUGAACACUUAAAAGAUAAACUGGAAAAGAAAGAUCUGAAAAUUCUUCAGUUGAAACAAACUGUUGUGCAGUGGGAAGCAAAAUAUAAAGAAGUAAAGGCUAGAAAUGCUCAGCUUUUGAAGAUGCUACAAGAAGGUGAAAUGAAAGAUAAAGCAGACAUACUUUUGCAAGUUGAUGAACUUUUAACUAUCAAGGAUGAACUAACUUCACAGGUUACUGGUCUACAUGCAGCUCUGGAACAAGAAAAAUCAAAAGUCAAGCUACUGCAGGCAGAGUUAACAAAAUAUCAGGGAGGCAAGAAAGGGAAGAAAAUAUCUGAAUCUGAUCACUGAAGAUCGCAGCAUUUACGUACUGUGAAGCCCAGGGCAAAAAAAACCGCAAAAGUAAACUUCCUUCAGGGUGCCAUCAUAGAAGUUUCUAGCUCUUUCAUAACCAUUGGAUCUUACAAUUGAUUUAUUUUGCAGUUAUUUAAAAUUUUGUGAAAGCUCUUCUCACCUCGCACCAAGGGGGGAAAAGAAUCUUACUUUGUUAGACUUUCUUUUGAUGGAGCUGUCAUGGUACUGAUAGCUGAUUGAUGUUUUUGGUGCUUAACUUCUACUUUAGUGCUACCGAGAUUUAAAGUAAUGUCUAAAGAAUUUUCUUGUUUUUCAGAAGUUAAUUUUGAUUUGUGAUUAAUGACUUGUGCUUUAGACAGGGUUUCCUGUCUAUUAAUAAGUGAGAAAAUUGUUUACACCAUCUUCUAUCAGCUGUAUGUGACUGUUGAGUGUCCAAUUUGACAAACUAAAAAUGUGCAAAAUGGUGUGAGGUUGCAAAGUGUGGUGCGGUACUGUUUUUUAACCUCACGAGAGCCAACUUAGACAAGAACAAGAAAGGUUGCGAGAGUGGGUAAGGUGAGAGGGAAAUAAAUAAUUUUGAGCAAAAUUACUUUGUGGCUUCAGUGGAGUUUCCAUUCAUUACUCCAAAGUGUAAAAGGAAUGGAAAACUGGUCAUCCAGUGAAGGGGGUGAUUGAGGAAUAUUUUCAGAAUAAUAUAGGGAGGAUUCGACCUCGUGGUCCUUGCUAUAUUUGAUCCUAGUGCUAAAUGGAAAAAUAUUCGGUUUCCCAGCAAUUCUUACCUUGCUUAUGAGCAUGUACAAAAUAAAAGGGCAUUUGUAAGUAACCCAGGCUUUGUUUUUGAAAUACAAAAUAGUUCCAUUUUGGUGAUCGGUAUUGAAGCAUGUUAAAAUGCCAAACUUUUCAUACCAAUAAAUUGCAAUAAAGUUUAAUUCACUCAA